UGUGCCUGCCUUUAUUGUGUCACUCCCAUACUCUCAAAUUGCUGUGAAAGGACCAAAAUCUCACUUUUUGCGGCGCUCAAUUUUUUUCCGCAUGGAAAUUUACAUCCUCCGGCUGCGAAGUGCAAAAGACAACCCGCGUUGGCCUCUGAUUGGUCCAUUGGCCUCUAGGCUUCCGAGGCACGAGGAAGCAUCAAGUACAAAAGAGCAGACAAAAGCGCACUGUGACACACGCACACAAAACACACACAGACCUGGAUGGCUCAAACCAUGGCUGCAACACUACUGGGGGAGGACCCCCAGCUGAGCAGCACCCCGCUGGCCAUGUUGGCGGCCACUUGCAGCAGAAUCGGGGAGUCAAGCCCCUCCUACUGCACCCCUGACCUCUCCUGCAUGCCCACGGGACUCUCCAAGGGCUUCCACCCGUGGAGAAGGAGCGCCGCGGCCGCCACUUGUCUCACCUCCAAGAGUAACGGGAUGGGAUUCUCGGACAACUCGAGCACCUUCUCGGUAGCCAACACCAACGAGCUUUCAGCUUACCAGACCUCGGGGCAGUCCGACGCAAGUUUUCCUGAACAGCGGUCCAUGUUUCUCACCAAGUUACCGGCCUCCGUGGAAGGAAUUUACCCGCGGCUCCACACGCAUCCGUACGAGUCAUGGUUCAUGCCUGGGGCGGAGGUCGGGAGCGGGCCUUCGUCUUGGUGGGACGGAAGCACCGCUUGGGUGGAUACUCCCAACCCUGUCGGGAUGCCGUCAUCGCUGAGCGGCUACGGCUCCUCCGAGCGCAACCCCUGCGCCGUUCAGCCUCUCCUCCCCGGCACGCAGCACCUGUUCAAUGGCUUCAGGCCACCCUACUCGGAGUCCACCUCCUCCGGUUCCUCCGCGGGGAGCCCGGCGCUCCCUCCGCAGGCAUCUUCGCGCUCCUCCUCGCGUCGCUACGCGGGCAGAGCCACUUGCGACUGCCCUAACUGUCGGGAGGCGGACAGCCUCGGUCACGGCGCGUCGAGCCCGCGGCGCAGGGCCGCGCACAACUGCCACGUCCCGGGAUGCGGGAAAGUGUACGGCAAGACGUCCCACCUGAAGGCUCACCUUCGCUGGCAUACCGGGGAGAGGCCGUUUGUGUGCAACUGGCUCUUCUGCGGGAAGCGCUUCACGCGCUCCGACGAGCUCCAGAGGCACCUGCGCACGCACACCGGAGAGAAGCGCUUUGAGUGCGCCUUAUGCCGCAAGAGGUUCAUGCGCUCCGACCACCUGAGCAAACACGCUCGGACGCACGGCCCCGAGGGGACCGAACACAGAGCGGAAGAAGACGGGGUUGGGAAAGGUAACAGAGACACGGACAACGGCGUGGGCGGAAGCCCGAGGCUGUCCCCAGAGGUGGACCUGACUGUCCAGGCAAAUGAGGUGAAAUAAACAGCUUUUUUUUUAACAUAAAAAAGACAUUGCACUUUAUGAUGAGUGUCAGACUAAACACGCUUACCUCAUGUUAUUUGUCGGCUUCUAAAAAAAUAAAGAUUGUCUUGUUUUUACUUUG